ACUCCCACUUCCGGUGACUAACCGCUAUGUCUUAGAAAAAAAACACAAUCCGCUACUCAGUGCAACUCGAGACAAAUUCCCGACUUCGAGGGGGUUUAGCGUCUUUGUCCUGUCGUGGGGCUCGCGGAGACAUGGCCGAGCGCAGGUAACCUUCCCCGGUAGCCGGACCCGAAGGACGGAACGGAGCAGAUGGAGAGGCCGGUGAGGCUGCUGCUCUUGUCCGAGCUGCGCGUCCGAAACGUCGCACACGAAGUGAGCCUUUGCCGCUCUCUGCUCACCUGGAAGAGGCAGGCCUCCAGCCCGGUGUACCACCCGUUCAGACCCAGUGUGUGUCACAGCGUGCGUGUAUCAGAGAUUAUCAGCAUUCGAGAAGAAGUGGAGGAGAGCAGCAAAGAAGAUGGCAGCUGGAAGAAGAUGAAAGACUGCAGGCGGUCUUUCACAGUGUUUUACGUGGAGAGGUGUCGUCAGCACCGCUGGCGGUGUGCCGAGGUCACCUUCACGUGUCCAGAGGUGGCGCUGUGUCAUCACUGGGUCAGCGUCAUCAGAGAGCAGCUAACAGCUAUCACCAGCAGACCCAAACACCUGCUGGUCUACAUCAACCCAUACGGGGGGAAGCGUCAGGCAAAGCGCAUCUACCAGCAGAAGGUCGCCCCCUUGUUUGCACUCGCCAACAUCAGCGUGCACGUCAUCGUGACAGAGUAUGCCAACCACGCUAGAGACCACCUGAGGGAAGUGGCAGAGCUCAACAAGUUUGAUGGUGUGGUGUGCGUUGGCGGCGAUGGCAUGUUCAGCGAGAUUGUGCACGGCUUGGUCUCCCACACGCAGAAUGAUGGCGGCAUCGACGUGAACUGUCCAGAUGAAACACUCAUCAGCUGCUCACUGCGCAUCGGAAUCAUCCCUGCAGGCUCCACAGACUGCAUCUGCUUCGCCACAGUGGGCACCAACGACCCUGUGACCUCUGCAUUGCACAUCAUAGUGGGUGAUUCUCAGCCGAUGGAUGUAUGCUCGGUUCACCACAACAACUCCUUCCUGCGCUACUCCGUCUCUCUGCUGGGAUACGGUUUCUACGGCGAUGUACUGACAGAUAGCGAGAGGAAGCGAUGGAUGGGCCCGGCCAGAUACGACCUUGCGGGUCUGAAGAUGUUCCUGACUCAUCAUUACUAUGAGGGAACAGUUUCCUACCUGCCAGCCAGCGGCAUCCUGGGAGCACCCAGGGAUGCUUCCAAGUGUCGAUCAGGCUGUUUGGUCUGUCGGGACAACAGGAAGCUUUUGUCAGAGAGAGCUGAGAUGUACGAGACGGAUCAGCUGUCGGACAGUGAAAAUGACGGUGGCUGGCAGACAAUCCGAGGCAAGUUCCUGGCGAUAAACGCCGCCAGUAUGAGCUGUGCUUGUCCUCGCAGUCCCAAAGGCCUAUCCCCUGCUGCCCACCUGGCCGACGGCACCAUGGACCUCAUCCUGGUCAGAAAGUGUUCCCGCUUUAACUUCCUCAGACACCUCUUAAGACACACCAGCAAAGACGACCAGUUUGAUCUGUCCUUUGUGGAGGUACACCGGGUCCGCCGGUUCCGCUUCACUCCCCGCUACUGCCAAAGCGACUCGGACCUGGAGCUGGACCUGCUGGAGAACGGCAAACACCAAAUCUUCAGCCAGAUCUGCCGGGAUCACCCAGCCUGCGGCUGCUCGCCUGCCUUCAGCAACUGGAACUGUGAUGGCGAGAUCCUGAGCCACACGGCCAUCGAUGUCAGAGUGCACUGCCAGCUCAUCAAGCUGUUUGCACGCGGUAUCGAGGAACCUGCCAUGUUUGAUGACCUCACUCUUGCCUCUUCCUUGUAGACCUUAGACCGCAUGGGACUGGCAACACCUCACUCCAUUGUUUUACAUUGUGUGGGUCUGGUUGGUUCUGUUUGUUAAGAACCGUAUUGAUGAGCUCCCAAAUUUCCAAAAGAGAAACUCUACAUGUUACUAGAAAGAACCACUUGCCCCUCAAAACCAGCUAAGUAAAAUUGAGUUUGGAUUUGUAAAUUAAGUCGAAGUCUAAUCUAGUGUUGAAUCCUAAUAUGAGUCAGAUUCCAGUGUAAAUCACAUCUCACAGGAAGUCUGAGUGCAGAGUUGAGGUUGUGUUCAUGGUGUUUUCAUUCCAGUUCAGAUUCUGAAGGCAAUGCUGGGUUUUGUCUUGGACUGGUCUAGACCUGCUGUGCGUUGACUCUGCUCUUCGUCUCUUGUGAUCCUCAUUAGUCUUAUAGGUCAGCAUUUCCUUUUUGGAUCUUUGGACUAUCUAUCAUUUAUGUCAACAUGGCCAGCCACUGCUGUCAAUCAAGUCGUUUGAAAAGGUCAAAACUGAACUCCACUUUUGUAGCGUUUGACUUUGGAGGUUCCACUGUAGUCUUUUGACUUUAGCCGCACAUCAAAGUCACUCUUAAAACAUUUGUAUUUAUUUUAGUCUGUUACGUUUUUCAGAAACAACGAUGUUCAUUAGUCCAAGGGUCGUGCAUUCCUCAAAAGGUCAAGUCCAAACCGUGUCAUGUGACCCGGUGCUGAGUCCACAUGUAGCUUUGGAGUCAGUCUAUGUCCGUUUCAUUCUUGAUAUGCAAAUUAAGUAGAGAAUAGCAAAACCAGAACAAAUGGAACCAUUCGUGAUGCCACUCUCUAGUGACACGUGGUCAUCUACGUGUAGCACAGAUGUUUGAAUGCGUCGUCAUGAUGCUUGACAACCAAUCUCACAGCCACACAAGCCUCAUUUAACCAGUUAGCAUUGUCUUCUGAUGUUCGUGAAGAUGUAAAUGUAGCAUCACCUGAGCUCUUCAUGACUUGGCAUAGAUGAGAUGAUGCGUUUCUACCGAGUGAGCCUGUUUAAACCUAAAUGUUCCUUGUUCUGGGCGGCACGGCGGUCGAGUGGUUAGUGCGCAGACCUCACAGGGUUCGAUUCCACCCUUGGCCAUCUCUGUGUGGAGUUUGCAUGUUCUCCCCGUGCAUGCGUGGGUUUUCUCCGGGUACUCCGGUGUCCUCCCACAUUCCAAAAACAUGCUAGGUUAAUUGGCGACUCCAAAUUGUCCAUAGGUAUGAAUGUGAGUGUGAAUGGUUGUUUGUCUAUAUGUGCCCUGUGAUUGGCUGUCGACCAGUCCAGGGUGUACCCCGCCUCUUGCCCGAAGACAGCUGGGAUAGGCUCCAGCACCCCUGCGACCCUCGUGAGGAAAAAGCGGUAGAAAAUGAAUGAAUGAAUGAAUGUUCCUUGUUCUGAUCCAAACAAAGCAAAAGACCAAGAUGACGUGGAGAUACUGUAUGUACCUUUGCUAGCCUAGAUGUUAUUUUGCAUGUUAGCACAAGCUAAUGCAGCAAACCACUAGUGUGCUAGUCACUUAGUUUGUUAUGCAACUUAAGUUAAAUGGUGGACCCCUCCCAGUAGACCUAUGCAGCCACCAGUGAACCCCCAACUCUCUGCUGUAGCCUCUUCAUGUAGAAAUAAAAAAAA